AAAAUAAUACAGAUAUCGAACAAGGAGGCAAGGCAAAUGCGUGUUUCAUAGUGUUAACUCGAAAUAGCGAAUUAAAUAGUGUUAGGUACUCAUUGAGACAACUUGAGGAUAGGUUUAAUCAUAAACAUAACUAUCUAUAUGUAUUUUUAAAUGAUAAACCUUUUACGCAAGAAUUCAUAAAUUUCACAAGCGCAAUGACUAAGGCAAAAACCAGCUACG